UAUAUAUAGAGAGGAGGGAAGUGCAAACCCAACGGUCGACGGGCAAAGCAACGCCAUUUUGAUUUUGAGUAGAGUUACACAGAAAGCUGAGAGUCCUGUUGAAAAUUAAAAUGGUGUCAUCAUCAUAUGAAGAUAGUCGUCGCAAAAGAAUGGAAGAAAAUCGAAAGAGAAUGGAAGCUCUUAAUCUUCCUCAGCUCUCCCAAUCCCUUCACAAAUCAUCUUCUCCCAUUAAAAAACCCUCACCGUCGAAACCUCGCAUCAUCCAGAAAGAGCUUGUUGUUGUCAGAAGAUCCGGCCGUGUCGCCAACUUGCCCGCUCCCAUUUACAAAGAAGUUCUUAUUGAUCGCGUUAUAAUACCUAGAAAUAGAACUUCAAGAGGAGGUUAUAAUAUGUAUAGGGAUUAUUCAAAGAGGGUAUAUGCCUCAGAUGAAGCUAGAGAGGAGGCAUUGCAGAAAGCAGAUAAGUUGCAGUCAGAUUUGAAUUCUAAACAUCCAAUUUUUAUUAAAUCAAUGCUCCAAUCUCACGUCACUGGUGGAUUCUGGCUGGGCCUUCCAAAUCAUUUCUGCAAGAAAAACCUUCCACUACGGGAUGCAAUGAUGACCUUGAUUGAUGAGGAUGGGGAUGAGUAUCCAACAACAUAUUUGGCUCAAAAAACUGGACUUAGCGCUGGAUGGAGAGGUUUUGCUAUUGCUCAUAAGCUUGCUGAUGGCGACGCUUUAAUUUUUGAAUUAGUUAAACGCACUGUAUUCAAGGUGUACAUUAUUAGAGUGAAUAGUCCUUCAGAGGGUAAAUAGCUCGAGUUAAUUGCAGUUGGAGAUUGGAGGCAGUAAAGUUAAUCUAGGUUCUAAUAUGCUCAUCCUGGAUUCAGUUUUUGGUGUUGUAGUAUUGUUGACGUAUGAUGUCUAACUUGUGUUUUUGUGUAUUUUUUGAGGUCCUACAUGUGAAGUGAACUCUUCAGCAUAUGUAUAAAUGAAUAGAGCUAUCUCUCAAAGGACUUUCUUGAAUCCGGUCCCUUAUAAUCUUAAAUAUUUACUUUGAAAAUCAA